AAUGUCUUAUCGAUUUUCAUGCUGUAAGACAUUUUCCCUUCUCUUCUUCACUCUCAUCACUAACUUGAAUAACGAUCAUUCUCCCUUCCUUAUUAUCUUUGUCCGUCGGUCUCCGCCUCUCCUCCUUAUCUCUGUUUGUUGGCCUCACCUUUUCAUCUUUGUCUCAUCAUCUAUGUCGAUCGACCUUUGUCCUUUUCAAGUCUUCAUUUCUUGUCUACAUUUCGAAGAAACCCUCAAAAACAAAAACAAAAACAAUCUUUCCAGUCCUAUCAAGAAACGAAGGGGCUUAGGAUCGAGUACAAAGAAAAGAAAGGUUAAGCAACUGGUUCCUGAGUUGAAAGUACAAAUUUUCAUUAUUCGGAAGUCCAAGAUUGGAAACUGUGCUGAUUGGUUAAUAAAUUAUUUGUGGCCCUCUAAUGGCAAUUUUGGAGGUCUUAUUAUUAUUUGGGAUUCUUUUGUAUUCUGUAAGGAUUGGGUUCAACUUAGAAAGUGUUUGAUAAAAUGCUUCAUUGAUGAAAAUAAAUAGGCUUUCUAAAUUUUGAUGUUUCUGAUGAUUUUUUCUUGUAGGGUGUUUUUGGUAGUUUGUUUGAGUUGAAGCAAUUUAUAUUAACAAUGGAAAACAAAUAUGAUGAAGUGAAGAAUUCUUGAGUUAUUACAA